AUGUGGAUUUCUUCCUUCGUCUCCUCAGUUCUUAGGGACGAUGAACUUUCUGAGCAUGAGGAGGAGGAGGAGCAGCAGCAGCAGCAACAGCAGCAGCAGCAGCAGCAGAACCAGCAACAACAACAGCAGCAAACUGCAGAGAGACCGAAUACGCCCGUACAAGGAAGUGGAGCAGCAGCAGCAACAACAGGCUCGAUAUCGCCGACAUCAACCGCAACAGCAGCAGCAGCAGCAGCAGCAGCAGCAGCAGGGGGUCCAGGGCAAUUCAGCUACGCCUCGCUGCUGCAGCUGGUGGAGCGGCAGCAGCAGCUGCUGCAGCGAGAGGCGCAGGAGAAGCAGCGGAGAGAGCAGCAGACAAAAGAUCUAGAGCGCACUGUGCAGGUUCUGCAGCAAGAGCUGCAGCAGCAGCGACUGCAGCAGCAGCAGCAGCAGCAGCAGCAAGGCAUACAGCCUAAAGUCGACAGCGCCGCCCUCGCAGAUGCUUGGGGAGCUUCAGCAGGCGCUGCAGAGGAAGAGCAGCAGCAGCAGCAGCAGAAGCAGGGGCAGAGAGAAUGGCAGCAGCAACAGUUGCUACUGCAGCAGCAGCAAGACAAGCUGCAGCAGCAGGAGCAGGUUAUACAGCGUCAGCAGCAGCAGUUGGAGCAGGCUCAACAGCAGCAGCAGCAGCAAGUGCAGAAAAGUGCUGAGGAACUCUCUCUGCUGCAGAUUCGCAUUGAGCAGCUGCAGCAGGAACUGCAGCAGCAGCAGCAGCAGCACGGGCAGAAACAGCACGUGCAGCAGCAGCAACAGGAAGCAACCCAGGAGAAAGAAAGGCUUGCUGAGGAGCAGCAACGGCUGCAGCAGCAAAGAGAGCAGCAGCAAGAAGUCCAGCAGCUACAGCAGCAGCUGCAGGAGCAGCAACAGCAGCAGCUCGAGCUUCAGCAGCAGCUGCAGCAGCAGCUCCAGCAGCAGCAGCAAUAUGAGCGCUCGCUGCAAGACAAGCAGAUCCAAGUUGAGCGGCUGCGGCAACAGCAGCAGCAGCAGCUGCGGCAGCAGCAAACGACCGAAGAGGAAUUGCUGUCCCUGCAGCGAAGCAACCAGGAGCUGAAGCAGGAGCUUUUGCUGCAGCGAGAGCAGCAGCAGCAGCUUCUGCAGCAGCAGCAGCAACAGCAGCAGCAGGCAGAAGAGCUUACGGUGCGCAAUCGCGACCUCGAGACGCUGCUGCAGCAGCAGAAGGAAAAAGUCACGAGCUUAGAGGAAGUCCUUGAGCAGCAGCAGCAGCAGCAGCAGCAGCAAGAAUGGGGGCCGGAGCGAGAACAGCUGCAGCAGCAGUACAAGGAGCAGCUGCAGCAGCAGCAGCACCGCUACGAAGAAGUGCUGCAGCAGCAGCAGCAAGAGAGGCAAGCAGAAGUGGCGAUGCUGCAGCAGAACCUUGCACAGCAGCAAAGGUUGCAGCAGCAAGACAAGCAGCAGCUCGAGCUGCUGCAGCUGCAGCUGCAGCAGCAACAGCGGCAGCAGCUAGAUUUGCUGCAGCAGCAGCAAGAACAACACAGCCAGGAAGUCACCACUUUGCAGCAGCGUCUGCAGCAGCUGCAGCAGCAAUUACAGCAGCAGCAGCAGCAGCACGCUGCUGCUCUCCAGCCAGUCGAGGAGCUGCAGCGGCGGCUGCAACAUGCCGAGCAGCAACGGGACAACCUGCAGCAGCAGGUCCACCAGCAGCAGCAGCAGCUGCUGCUGCUGCUAGAAGAGCAACAGAAGCUUCAGGAAAUUCAGCAGCAACGGGAGCAGCAAGAAAGGAAGCUGCGAGAGCAGCAGCAAGAGCAGCAACAGCAAAUGGCAGAGGAGCUCCAGGAGCUGGAGAGUGAGCGCAAAGCACUGCAGCACGAGCUGCAGCUGUUUGCUGCUGAUGUGGGGCAGCAGCAGCAGCAAGGGCUGCUGCCGUUGCAGGUGCAGCUGCAGCAGCUUAGACAACACCGAAGUCAAGCAGCAUCUGAGAAGGAUUUGCUGCUGCAGCAGCUGCAGCAGCGGGAGCAGCAGCUUGUCGAGCAGCUGCACCAACUGCAGGAAAAGCAGGAGCAGCACACUGAACAGCUGCAGCAGCAGCAGCGCGAAUUCCAAAGUCAGCUGGAGCAGCAGCAGCAAGAGCUGGAGCGCCUGCAGCAAGAACUGCAGCAGGAACGGUUGCAGCAGCAGCUGCUGCAGACGCAGCAGCCGAGUCAGAUCGGGGGGGAAGCAGCAGAUGUCGAACAGCAGCAGGAGCAGCAGGAUCAGCAGCAACACCAGCAACAACAGCAGCAGGAGCUGCAGCAACAGCGGAUGCUCCUGGAACAGCAGCAGCAGCAGCUGCAUCUGCUCGAGGAGCUGCUGGAGGACCGUGAUGAUGAAAUAAGGGAGCUGCAGCGGCAAGCUGAGCAGCAGCAACAGCAGCAACAGCAGCGGCAGGGCCAAGCGGAGCACGACAGAAUGGUUGCAGCAGCAUCAGCAGCAGCAACGGAUGCAGCAGCAGCAGCAAAUGCAGCGCAGCAAGAAACAACGCUUCUUCAUCAGCAGCUGGAGGAGCGGCUGCAGUGCCUCUCUGAGCAGUGCGAGCAGCAGCAGCAGCAAAUUCAGCAGCAGCGGCAGCAGAUACAGGAGCAGCAGCAGCUGCUGCUGCUGCAGGCGCAGCACAACCCCCCACAGACCAAUGGUGUAUGUACACCUCGGCAAGAAGACCUGCAGCGCCAGCUGGCAGCAGAACGGAGGCGCACUGUGGAGUUGGAGGAGCUGCUGCGAGAGCAGCAGCAGCAGCAGCAACAGCAGCAGCAGCAGCUGCAGCUGCAGCAGCAAGCGCACGAGUGGGAGCAGCAGCUGCACCAGCAGCAGCAACUCGAGGAGGGCCUGCGGCGGCAGGGGGAGAGAAGUCCGCAGCAAGGGCCUGAGUGGCCUGAACAGCAGCAGCAGCAGCAGCAGCAGCAAGCGCAGCAGCUGCUGCAGCAGCAAGUUGAGGAGCUGAGGGCUGAAGUGCAGCGUCUCGAGCAAGAGCGGGAUCUGAUGCAGCAGCAGCAAGAGGCAGCAUCUCUGCAGCAAGAGCAGCAGCAGCAGCAGCAGCAGCAGACACAAGCACAAGAGCAACUGCAGCAAGCGUUCACAACUAUGGAGCAGCAACUAGAACUGCUGCAGCAUCAGCUGGAGGCAGAGCAGCAGCAGCACUCCGAAACUAGGCAGUCUCUUGAGCAGCAGCUGCAGCAGCAGCAGCAGCAACAGCAACAAACGGAGGACAAGCUAGGGGAAGCUCUUGCAAAGCUUGAGCAGCAGCUCCAGCAGCAGCAGCAGCAGCAACAGCAGCAAGAACAAACGGAGGGCAAGCUAGAGGAAGCUCUCGUGAAGCUUGAGCAGCAGCUGCAGCAGCAACAAGAGCAGCAGCAGCUGCUGCUCAUGAAGGAGCAGCAGAUGCAGCAGCAGCAGAAUCGCCACACAGAAGAAUUGCGUAAGAGGGACUCGCAGGUGCAGCAACUGCAGCAGCAACAGCAGCAGCAACAACAGCAGCAACAGCAAACUAUUCGGCAUCUGCAGCAACAGCUGCAGAGGCAAGCUGCUCAGGCCGCCGAGGACAUUGCUGCAGCGCAGCAGCGGGAGAAGGCUGCAGCAGCAGCAGCUGCUGCUGCUGCUUCUCGUGUAGAUGCAGCUGCCGCUGCUGCGUCUGCUGCAGCAGAGGCAAGCAGUGCAGCAGUGGAGGCCUUCCAGCAGGUGGCGCAGCAUGUCCCGCAGCAGCAGCAGCAGCAGCAGCAGCAAAGUGCCCCGCCUGCCGGCGGAGUAGACGCUGCCGUUUUUGCUUCGUUGUCCGCGACGUAUGAAGAAGAGAAGCAGCUGCUGCUGCAGCAGCUGCAGCAGCAGCAGCAAAGGGCAGAGCUGCUGCUGCAGCAACGGCAGCAGCAGGAGGCCUGUGCUGCGCUCCGUGAGCGGGAGCUGGUUUGCCGGCUGCAGCAAAUGAGAGGCAUAGCGCUGGCGGCGGCGCAGGAGACUGGGGUGUUGGGCGUCCAGCUAAAGCUGCUGUCAGGGGCCCCACAGCAGCAGCAGCAGCAGCAGCAGCAGCAGCAGCAGCAGCAGCAGCAGCAGCAGCGGCAGCAGCAGCAGCAAGACCAGAUGCUCCAGAAGCAGAAUGGCCAGCAGAAAUGUGAAGUGUUCUCGGUUAACGGUGACAUUAGCGUCAGGUUAGCAGCAGAAGGGGCCGUAGAAGAAGCCAAAGCGCUGCUGGAAAAGUGCUCUCAGAAAAUUGAGGAGACUUCUGUUCACACGGCAGCCUCGCUGCAAGAUUUGCAGCAGCAGAAGCAGCAGCUGCUGGAGGCCAAGCAACAGCUUGAACACUCUUUGAAGGAUGCGCAGCAGCAGCUCCAGACAAAAGAAGCAGCAGCAGCAGCGCAUGCAGCAGCGAGGGCGAAUGCUGCUGUUGCUGCCGCAGCAGCAGCAACAGCAGAACUGCACCGGCAGCAAAUGUCCACCAAGACGCAGCAGCUCGAGAAGGGAGCUGCUCUUGCUGUGAUAAAGGAGGCGGAAAAGUUUUUGAGUGCAGCAGCAGCAGCAGCAGCAGCAGCAGCACACGCAUCGGCAGACGCAGCAACAGCUCUUGCUGCUGCGGGAUGCAGCUCAGGCCUUUCCCCCUCAUCCUCUGAAGCAGCUCAGCAGCAGCAGCAGCAGCAACAGCAGAAGCAACAGCAGCAGUUCGUGAAGCAGCAACAGCAGCAGCAGCAGGGAAGCCAGUUUGAUAUGGCGAAAUCCCCGAUGCAGCACCUUGUGCAGAGUCCACCUGAGCAGCAGCAACAAGCGCAGCAGCAGCAAAUACAGCAGCAGCAAAUGCAGCAGCAGCAAGUACAGCAGCAGCAAGUACAGCUGCAGCAACUGCAGCAGAAACAGACACAGGACGCAGACUCGGGUGCAGGUGGCUGGGAAGACGAUGACUGGCUUAGUGACUUGGAAGAAGAGCAGCAGCAGCAGCAGCAGCAGCAGGAGCGGCAGAGAGAGCAGGAGCAGGAGCAGCAUCAGGCACAGAAAGAGCAGCAGCAGCAAGACUGGCAGCAGCAGCAGCAUGAAAAGUGGCAGCAGGAGGAAAGAAAGCAGCAGCAGCAAGAACAGCAGCAGCAACAACACUUGCAGGAACAGCAGCAGCAGCAGGAGCAACAGCAGCAGCAAAUUCACCAAGCAGCAGCAGGGUGGGAUGCCGGUGAGGACUGGGAAGCGGAUUUGGUGGAGGAGCGUCAGCAGCAGCAGCAGGAUCUUGCAGAACAGCAGCAGCGACGGCAGAUGCUGCAGCAGCAGCAGCAGCAGGAACAGCAGCCAGAACAGCAGCAGGAGCUGCAGCAGCAGCAAAGCCCCAAGGUUGCUGAGGGGUGGGAUGAAGAUGACAUAUUUGGAGAUGAAUGGGGAGACAGCUUGCAGCAGCAGCAACAGCAGCAGCAGCAGCAGCAGCAUGAACAACAACAGGGGGAGCAACAGCAGCAGGAAAGCCUGCAGGAGCUGCAGCGGCAGCAGCAGCAAGAAAAUAUAUUGGGGCACCAGCCAUAUCAACAAAGGGAUCAACAGACACCUCAGCAACUGCAGCAGCAGCAGCAGCAACUGCAGCAGCAGCAGCAGCAACAGCAGCAAAAAGAGCAGCAACAACCUGGUGAAGGGCUUAGCCCCUCUUGUGCCUUCAUUUGCGGGAAGCAGGAAAAUCUGCCUUCUGUGGUUCAUCAGGAUCAGCCGCUGCAGCAGCAAGAACAGCAGCAGCAGCAAGAAAAGCAGCAGCAGCAAGAAAAGCAGCAGCAGCAAGAAAUGCAGCAGCAGCAAGAACAGCAGCGGCAAACGAUGCAUGGAGAAUCACCUGCGGCCAAGUCAAAUGAUUGGGACUCUUACGGGCAUUGGGGCAGCGAAGUCAUAGCAGAACAGCAGCAACAAGAAAAGCAGCAACAGCAGCAGCAGCAGCAGCAGCAGCCAGAGUCCAUGAAGGAUUUAAGCGGUCCCGGUGGAGACCCAGUCAUGUCGCUGCAGCUGCAGCAGCAGCAGCAAAAGAAGCCAGAUUGGCAGCGUGUGCCUGGCGGAGCUCACACAAUGCAUCAUCAUCAUCAGCAGCAGCAGCAGCAGCAACUGAAGCAGCAGCGCCCGCAGCAACAGCAGCAGCAGCAGCAGCAGCAGCAGUGGGGAGGAGCAGAGCCAUGGGAUAUUGAGUUUCAAAUCAAUAGACUCGCAGAUGGCCUUUCCAGUCCGGCUGCGCCUUCUGAAGCUUCACCAGCAGCAGCGGCAGCAGCAGCACCAGCAGCAGCAGCAGCAGCAGCAGCAGCACCAGCAGCAGCAGCAGCAGCAGCACCAGCAGCAGCAGCAGCAGCAGCACCAGCACCAGCAGCAGCAGCAGCAGCAGCAGCAGCAGCGGCAGCAGCAUCACCUGCCGCCUUGGCUGCAGCUGAUGCGCUAAGCAAGGAUGAUUUGCUGGCCCCCGCUCCAACCCCUCUCCCUGUCUCUGCUGCUGCAGGACAAGCAGCAGCAGCAGCAGCAGCAAAAGGCGCUGCUGCUGCAGCACCUCCUGCUGCUGCAGCUUCACCUGCUGCCGCAGCAGCAUCUGAAGAGGAGAAUUUGGGCUUUGAGGAUGACUGGGGCGCUUCAGCAGCACAGAUAGACACGAAGGUGCCAGCAGCAGCUGCUGCUGCAGCAACGCCGCAGUCAAUAGCAGCAGCAGCUGCUGCAGCAGCGGCGCAGUCAGCAGUACCUGCUGCAGCAAGUCCUGCAGCAGCAAGCCCUGCCGCAGCAGCAGCAUCAUUCGAUGAUGAGGAUUUAGACUUUGAAGACCACUGGGGAGCCCCAGCAACUGGAAUAGACGAAGCAGCAGCAACAGCAGCAGCAGCAGCACCACCACCACCACCUGCUGCAGUGACACCACCUGCUGCUGCAGCCCCACUGGCCCCAGCAGAACCUACUGCAGCGACACCAGUUGCUGCACCUGCGGUGGCAGCAGCAGCAGCAGCAGCAGCAGGCGAAGAAGGCUUCAAAGAUAAGCGAGGAGCCGCACAAGCUGCCCUAUUAGCAGCAGCUCCUGCAGCAGCAGCAACGCCUCUUGCAGGAGCUCAACAAGCAGCAGUGGCAGCAACAGCAGCAGCAGCAGGAGCAGCAGCAGCGUUUGAUGAAGAGGGUCUCGAAUUUGAUGACGAUUGGGGAGCAACAGCAGCACACAAAGACACAGGCUCACCCUCAGCAGCAGCAGCUGCUGCUGCAGCAGCUGAACAAGCAGCAGCACCAGCAGCACCAGCAGCUGCUGCUGCUGCAGCUGCUGCAGCAUCUGACGAAGACAAUUUUGACUUCAAGGAUGAUUGGGGGGUCUCAGCAGCACAGGCAGAAGCAAGCUCAGCAGCAGCUGCUGCUGCAGCGACGCCGCCGUCAGCAGCAGCAGAAGGACGAGCUGCAGCAGCAGCUGAACCAGCAGCAGCAGCAGCAGCAGCUGAACCAGAAGCAGCAGCAGCAGCAACUGAAGGAGAGGACUUCGACUUGAAAGAUGAUUGGGGCCCCCCAACAGCGCUGGUAGACAUAAACUCACCAGCACUUGCUGCUGCUGCAGCUACACCGCCAUCAACAGCAGCAGCAGCAGCAGCAGCGUUUGAAGAAGACGAUUUGGACUUCAAGGAUGACUGGGGAGCCCCAACAAAACAGGUGGAGGCAGCUUCAGCAGCAGCAGCUGCUGCUGCAGGAACAUCGCCAUCAGCAGCAAAAGCUGCAGAGAGCCCUGCUGCAGCGAGCCCAGCAGCAGCAGCAGCAGCAGGAGCAGCAGCAGCAGCACCAUAUGAUGAAGAGGAUUUGGACUUCCAAGAUGACUGGGGGGCCCCAGCAGCUGCAGUAGACAACGCAGCAGCAGCAACAGCAGCAGCAGUGGCAGCAGCAGCACCUAUUCUAGUGGCAGCACCUGCAGCAGCAGAAGGAGAUCACUUGUCUAUAAAUGAUGAUUGGAGAGCCUCAGCAGCAAAUACGAAAGCAGCAUCAUCAGCAGCUGCAGCACGACAGGCAGCAGCAGCAGCUACUAGAUCGGAUGUGCUCGGAUCCGCAGGAGUUGCUUCUCCAGCAGCAGCAGCGCCUGCUGUUGCUGCAGCUCCUGCUGCUGCUGCUGCAGCACCUGCUGCUGCUGGGGAAGAGGACCUUGAGUUUGCGCUGGAUGACUCUUGGGCAGGUGAAGGCUUUGAAAUUCCCUCAGACGUUCUUGUGGCACCUGCAGCAGCAACAGCAGCAACAGCAGCAGCAGCAGCAGCAACAGCAGCAGCAGGCCAAACCCCACCGUCAAAGGCAGCAUUUGCAAACGAGCGGCAGCAGGGCCACCUACACCAGCAGCAGCAGCAGCAGCAGCAGCAGCACCGAUGGUCAAAAGGACCUGCUGCUGCUGCUCCUGCUGUUGUUCCAAAUGUGGACGACAUCGACCUGGAAGCGCUGCUGCGCGACUGA